CAACUCUCAAAGCUUACCCAUGCUUUUAUAAACAAGCCUGUUCUCUAGCCUGGGCAUUUGCUUUUUCUUUUGUUCCCUCCUUAGGCGCUCUACCCUCGAGGGAAAUCAUCCAUCUAGCCAGUUCCGACACCGGUUAUCAGAGCUCUACAAAAGCCAUAUGCUGCCGACACAUUAUCUGGAUUCUGCCUGUCCUUUUUUGACCUGUUUCGUACGGGCCAUCCGUGCGAUCAAGUGGCGUUGAGCGAUACAACUCUUGCAUAAUUUAACAUAAUUCAACUCACCAACCCACCUGAGAUCAUCAUGACUGGACUCACCGAAAAGGACCAGCCGUUUGGCGAAGCCGGGGCCUUCAAGCCUGGAGAUAAUGUCGACCUAGAACGACGUGGUUCGACCACCGUUGCUGGUCGCAAGAUGAGCAGGAUCGGCCCGCCUCCAAGAAAAAGCUCCAUUGUGCCCGUUUCUGACGACAAUGGAAUCGUUGAUGAAUACGGCAAGCUCGUGGAAAUGGAAGCUGGCGAUGCGAUCAAAUAUCGAACCUGCUCAUGGCAAAAGACUGCUGCUCUACUCUUCUCAGAGUAUAUCUGUUUGGCCAUCAUGUCGUUCCCAUACUCGUACUCGGUGCUUGGCCUUGUACCCGGCCUCAUCUUGACCGUGGUACAAGCCGCAUUCGUGCUUUACACUUCGCUCGUUGUUUGGGAAUUCUGUUUGCGACAUCCUGAAAUUAGAGAUGUCUGUGACAUUGGGCAAAUGCUCUUCUGGGGCUCCAAGUGGGCUUGGUAUUUCACGGCCGUCAUGUUCUUGCUCAACAACACCUUCAUCCAAGGUCUCCACGUCCUCACCAUUUCGAGAUACUUGAACACCAUGAGCGGCCAUAGCAUGUGCACGGUCGGCUUCGCCGCGAUCGGCGCCGUUGUUUGCUGGCUUUGCUCUAUGCCACGAACAUUCAGCGCCUUGUCCAAGCUCGGCGCCAUUUCUGCCUUCACCACUUUCAUCAGUGUCAUUCUUGCCGCGGCCUUCGCUGGCGCGGAAGGCAAGCACGGCACUGCCGGCUACAACCCAGAUCCAAACCACAUCAACGCCAACGGCGUGAAAAUGGGUGGCGAGCCAUUAGUUCUUGUUGUUCCUCUCGCCGGAACCACUUUCGUCUCCGGCAUGAACGCCUUCUUGAACAUCAGUUACACCUUCAUCGGCCAGAUCACCCUGCCUAGCUUCAUCGCUGAAAUGAGAAAUCCUUACGACUUUCGAAAGGCUAUUUGGGUCGUCACCAUUUGCGAAAUCAUCUUGUUCAGCUUGGUUGGUGGUAUUGUCUAUGGCUACACGGGCACACAAUACAACACUGCGCCGGCCUUCUAUUCGCUCGGCAAUGAAGUCUACAAGAAAGUCAGCUUCUCCUUCAUGAUCCCGACCUUGAUUUUCUUGGGCGUUCUGUACGCCUCGGUCUCGGCACGCUUCGUUUUCUUCCGCCUCUUCGAGGGUACUCGGCACAAGUCCUCGCACACAGUCGUCGGAUGGGCCGCGUGGGCCGGUAUCCUGGCAGUCACUUGGAUCGUCGCAUUCAUCGUUGCGGAAGUUAUUCCCUUCUUCGCCGAUCUCUUGGCCCUGAUGAGCAGUUUGUUCGAUUCGUUCUUCGGUUGGAUCUUCUGGGGCGUCGCGUACCUACGCAUGCGCCAGGCCGACUUGGGGCAGGGCUUCUACAAGAAGCGAGGUAUCCGUGGCUGGAUCGGGUUCUUGAUGAACAUCUUUAUCAUCAUUGUCGGAUUCUACUUUUUGGGCGUGGGGACUUAUACCUCCGUCGAAAGUAUCAUCCUCGACUACGAUGCUGGAAACGUCAAGGGCGUCUUCACGUGUGCGAACAACGGCUAAGGUUUUCGAACACUGCACUUGGGCCGCUACGAAUCACUUUUGCCUGCCUGCUUCUUCAGCAACAGAGCUUUGACUCUUCUGGACGACACGGCAAUGAGAUUUGUGGUCGACAACAGGAUGGUGUCUGAACAUUUCGACAUCUGAAGGAAAAUAACGAAAAGAAUGAUCCUGGUCAUGACAUGGGGAAAGUGGCCACGUAAACACGAACUUGGAAAUGGUAUAAACCUUUGGAUCAAACUAAAAAUACGAGGGUGAUGCGUUACAUGAUUGAGACUGUAGUGGGCAGUCUGGAGUACAGCAGGUAUAGAUCGAAAAGGGAAAUGAAAUCAAUCUUUCACCCUCUCGAUCAUCUAUGAAUAAGUCACACCUUUUGAGGGGGGUGAAUGUUUUGGCUGCGGAAGGGGCACUAUUCUGGCCUGCAACAGUUGUGUGUGCAUGCGCAUCAAAAUUGACCGCAGGAUUCUAUCUCUAAGUUAGUAUACCUCACACUGCUCCUGUCGGAUUCGUGAUCGGCAACGAAAGUGUGCGGGACGAGUAAAAAUGCCCUGCCUGUUGUGCCCGAC